AUGUGCGGUCAACCAUUCCAUUAUGCGCCCGAGAUGUCACUCACUGAAUCCUAUUCGUCUCUCCCACCUCAACCCAUUCCACAACAUAUGAAUCUCGACGGCAGCGACACUGAGUCCGAGUUGCACGCGCCCUUGGCGGCUGGGGAUCCUGGAAUGCAAAAUCAAGGGGAGUUGUCACAAGCAGUGGAGAAGGGCAGUCGCUGCGACACAAAAGACCUGUAUCGGCUUCCGCGUGCCGACAAUCCUGAGAGGUUCUACUGGGCGGACGAGAAGCCAGCUAACUUCGGUUAUGAAGAGAAGGAGAAAACAAAGAAGGCGCGGGAAGCCUUUGCCGUCAACAUCUUGCAUCGUUUCAAUGAUGAUCUUGAUGAAUGGGCUAUUCACAAAGUGCGUAUCAACAGCACCAAGCUCCAUAAGGUGCUUGAGAAAGUUCUCGAGGGGUACCCUGGACUCACCCAGCACGAGCUCAAGUCAUUCUCGCCUCCAUUCCUACCGUUUGUGCAUCGAUGGAAAGACUUGAUUAUGUACAAUGACACAGUCGAACGCGAUUCGGUAACGCUUGAACAUCUGCAGCUGUUGCGCAGCGUCCUGGAGCCUCUCCUCGAAAAGUCGUUUGAAAAGAUCGACUUGUCGCCGUUGACUGAAGACCAAUGUCUGCUUACGCAGCCCAAAGCAAGAUGCUUCAACAUCGAGAAAAAGCUAUGGGAGUUCCUCGAUAUUACUAAACUGCACGACAUACCCUGGGCGGAACGCGCGUUCGACAACCUCGUUCUGGCGCAGGAUGAGAAAGACCUUCUGCUUGCUCUGGUGGACCGCGAUCAAUUCAGCGACGGCAAGACCUUUGACGACUUCAUUGGUGGAAAGGGUCAAGGAAUGAUUAUGUUGUUAUGCGGACCGCCAGGUGUUGGCAAGACCCUCACUGCCGAAAGCGUAGCAGAGCACUUGCGCCGCCCACUGUACAAGCUCGGCGGAGGCGAUUUGGGCAUUGCUGCCAACGUAGUUGAGUCAAAUCUCGGCAAGGCUUUGGCACUCAGCGGGCACUUCGGGGCAGUGCUUCUCAUAGAUGAGGCGGACGUAUUCAUGGAAGCGCGAUCUUCCAAUAACCUCCAACGCAAUGAGCUUGUUGGCAUCACGAUUCUGACAACGAACCGUAUGCGCAGCAUCGACACGGCUUUCGAGUCGCGCGUUGACAUUACACUCUCGUAUAACUCUUUUACAGAAGCCGAUCGCAAGAAAGUUUGGGAGAACUUCAUGGCCAAUUUCGAACCUGAUGCUGUCGAGGUUGGUCAGGCUGAUCUCGUCAAGCUCGCCAAGUGGCAAUUCAACAGCCGACAGAUCAAGAGUGCGAUCAAGACAGCCCGCGUCCUGGCGACAAAGAAGCAGGAGCCAUUGAAUGCGCAUCAUCUCGGCGCCGUAUGGAAUUUGCGGAGCAAGGCGCUAGGCAUGAUGAAUGAAGAUGAGGAGAUGAGUGGCAAUAUGAGCUAA